AUUCGAUUUACGAUUUCAUUGUUUCACGCCCAAAAUUCGAAAAUGGAUCCUCCCCUAGACACCUCCGAGAACCCUAACGAUGUCGUUUCCGACGACGAUUCUUCACCGGCAAACACCAAUCCCGAAGACCAAGAAAACCCCAGUACGACACUCAACCCACCUAUUUCGGAUACCCAAGAUGAAUCCUCCGACCCCGUCCCCGACGAACAACCCCAGAACACUAAUUCGAACCCAGCCGAGCCAGGUCCACCUGUUCGUAGACGCCGAAGAAGGAAGCGUUUCUUUACUGAACUCAUUGCCAAUCCAUCCUUCUCGAAGAAUCGUCGACCUAGAACAUCGGGUAUCGCUAAAGAAAUGGACACUGAAGCUUUAAUCGCGAUCUCCGUCGGUUUCCCUGUUGAUUCUCUUACUGAAGAGGAAAUUGAAGCCAACGUGGUGUCGAGAAUCGGAGGCCAGGAGCAAGCUAACUACAUCGUAGUAAGAAACCACAUUUUGGCUCGCUGGAGAUCCAAUGUAUCUGACUGGUUGACGCGUGAGCACGCCCUUGAAGCAAUCCGAGCAGAGCACAAAAACCUAGUGGACGCAGCAUACAAUUUCCUUCUCGAACACGGUUACAUUAAUUUUGGUUUAGCCCCGGCUGUUAAAGAAGCGAAAUUGAAGUCUUUUGAUGGUGUGGAAAGAGCCAAUGUGGUGAUUGUGGGCGCGGGUCUUUCCGGUUUGGCCGCGGCGAGACAAUUAGUUUCAAUGGGGUUUAAAGUUGUCGUCUUGGAAGGUAGGACGCGCCCUGGGGGGCGCGUGAAGACAAGGAAGAUGAAAGGUGAUGGGGUGAUGGCUGCAGCUGAUCUUGGUGGUAGUGUUCUCACCGGAAUAAAUGGAAAUCCACUCGGGGUUCUUGCUAGACAAAUGGGGUUACCUCUUCAUAAGGUUCGAGAUAUUUGCCCUUUGUAUUUGCCUGAUGGAAAGGCAGUAGAUGCUGAUGUUGAUUCUAGGAUAGAAGUUUCUUUUAAUCAGCUGUUGGAUAGGGUUUGUAAGCUUAGGCAUUCCAUGAUUGAGGAAGUUAACUCAGUUGAUGUUCCAUUAGGGACAGCACUAGAAGCCUUUAGGAAUGUUUACAAGGUUGCUGAGGAUUCGCAGGAGAGUAUGUUGUUGAAUUGGCAUCUUGCUAACCUAGAAUAUGCUAAUGCUUCCUUGAUGGCUAAUUUGUCUAUGGCCUACUGGGAUCAAGAUGAUCCGUAUGAGAUGGGUGGUGAUCAUUGCUUUAUACCUGGUGGCAAUGAGAGGUUUGUUCGAGCACUUGCGGAGGACCUUCCCAUUUUCUAUGGUAGGACGGUGCAGAGUAUCAGGUAUGGUAUUGAUGGUGUUAGGGUUUAUGCCGGUGGGCAGGAGUUUUGUGGGGACAUGGCUCUUUGCACUGUUCCAUUAGGAGUUCUCAAGAAGGGGUCGAUAGAAUUUGUUCCCGAGCUUCCGCAAAGGAAAAAGGAUGCUAUUCAGAGACUGGGAUUUGGUUUGCUGAAUAAGGUUGCUAUGUUGUUUCCAUACAGUUUUUGGGGUGGAGAGAUUGAUACUUUUGGCCACCUGACAGAAGACCCAAGUAUGAGAGGCGAGUUCUUUUUGUUUUAUAGCUAUUCUUCCGUGUCAGGUGGGCCACUCCUUGUUGCUCUUGUUGCCGGAGAUGCAGCGAUCAAGUUUGAACUGAUGAAUCCUGUUGAGUCUGUGAAAAGGGUUUUAAACAUAUUGCGUGGCAUUUUUCAUCCGAAAGGGAUUGUUGUUCCAGAUCCUGUCCAGGCUGUUUGUACUCGGUGGGGGAAGGAUAGCUUCACGUAUGGAUCCUACUCUCAUGUUGCUAUUGGUUCAUCAGGGGAUGAUUAUGAUAUUCUUGCUGAGAGUGUUGGAGAUGACCGAGUCUUCUUUGCAGGUGAGGCAACUAAUAAGCAGUAUCCAGCCACAAUGCAUGGAGCAUUUUUAAGUGGCAUGAGAGAGGCUGCUAACAUGCUUAGAGUGGAGAGGAGGAGGUCGUUGAAUCUGACUGACAAAGUUGCUAAUGAUUUUGAGAAACAUGAUAGUUUGAAUAAAUUGUUCGAGAACCCUGACCUGACAUUCGGGAGUUUCUCAGUUUUGUAUGAUCCACAUUCAGAUGAUAUUGGUUCUCAUGCAUUAAUAAGGGUCAAAUUCCGGGGGGAUAAAUUAGACUCCGGUCACCUGUUCCUUUAUGGCUUGAUGACGAGGAAGCAAAUCAUUCAGUUAAGUGAAGUGAAUGGCGAUGGGAACAGGAUGAAUUUGUUACAUCGCAACUUUGGGGUGAAGUUGGUUGGUAGGAAAGGGUUAUCAAAUAUCGGGGAGUCUCUUAUCUCGCGCAUCAAAGCAGCUAAAUUCAACCAAAAUGCAGGCGACAAAAGCUAAUGCUGGACAGCAUUACAAGCAAUAGGAAGAUGCUGUUUUUUUUGGUGGACAUGUCUUCCGUUUGACUUCCUUUCCUUUUUUUUAACUCCUACAUUGAUUGAAACAGUGUGUACUGGUUGUAACAUUCAUAGGGACCCGUAUGAGUUAAUUGUGGUCUUGAAAUGAGUCGUUCAAUUGCUUGGUACUCUUGGUUUGUAGUUUGCUUCCAUUGAGGAAAUGC